AUGCUGUCAGAAGGUUACCUUUAUGGAAUUGCCUACCUUUGUGAAGACCUGAACCCUGGGCUCUACAAGAAGAGUUCAGCUGAUGAAGUGGUGUAUGAAAUGAGGUCCAUUAAUUACUCUUCCAUGGAGGAAGCUCAGGGGAAGAGCUUCCUUCAGAGAUGCAGGUCUGCUGGCAAGUGCAUUUCCUCAGUCUGCUCUAGGGGUAGCAGGCCCAGCAGAAGGCAGAAGGAUAACCUCCCACAGCCUGCACAGCGUCCUGUGCCCCCAGGGCAGCCAGCUCCAGCCACACACACUGGCCAAGGGCUGACAAAAAAAGACACUUACCUGGUUCCACCUUCCUGCAAAAGCAUCUGCAAGAACUACAAUGAUUUGCAUAUAGCUGGGGACUACGUGGUGCCGAUGAGCUCAGUCACGACAGACUUUGCUUGUGACAGUGGCAUAGGGCCCUUCCUGGAGUCCUCAGAGAUCCCUCCCCCCCUGGAGUCCAUGAGGGUCCCCAGCCCCAGCGGCUCCAGCCGCAGGCCAGGCCAAGGCUACUCGUCGUGCUGGCGCCUGGCGAGCCUCGGGGCCCACCAGCAGCCUCUGUCCGACUCUGCCCUCAACAACUACCUGGAGCAGAAGCUGCUGGAGCUGUACCAGCAGUACAUCAUGGACAGCACGGCACACAGGGCAUCCCCCACCCAGAUCCUGGCCUCCGAGCUCAUCAUGACCAACGUGGAUCAAAUCAGCACGCAGAUUUCUCGGGAGAGGAAUAUGGAGACCACCAAGGCCAAAGACAUUGUCAUUAGUCGCUUCUUGCGAAUAGCCAGCGAGAAGAUUUCCUCAGAAAUGAGCACGCCUACUCUGCACAUUUCCCAGUAUAGCCACACAAACUCUUAG